AACUGCCGGCAGACUGGCUGGGUGGCGCAUGCGCCCGGGGGUGCUUUUUUGGGCAUGCGUGGAAGCGUUCUCGUGAAUGGCGGGGGAAUAGCAGCAGAGGAACAAGGGAGAGAGAAAAAAAGAAAGACUGGAGUGGGGGUGGAUAGGAGCAAGGAAGGGGGAAACGGGGGCAGUUCUGUGUUGGAGGGGUUCGUGCAUAACUGGGCCGGGGUGGGGUGGGGUCCAGUACCACUACUACCACCAUUAUCACCACCACCACCACCCCCCCCAGCAAUGGAGGACGAGAGCAUCCCCCUGGUAACCUCAGCGCCCAAAUACACAAAGAAACCACGUUUUGAUGUGUCCCUAGUGCAUCUGACGCAACAAUUUAUGCAACUUGUGAAUGAGGCACCUGAUGGUGUCCUUGACAUGAACGAUAUUGCAAAGAUGCUUGGGGUGCGAAAGAGAAGGGUUUACGAUAUCACCAAUGUACUUGAUGGGAUUCGUCUUGUGAGAAAAAAAUCCAAAAAUUUAAUUGAAUGGAUAGGCAAGAAUCCACAAGAAAAACUAGCAUAUGAAGCCCAGUCUCGCAAAUUAAGAAAAGAACUGGCAGACCUGACAAAAGUAGAAAAUUCACUAGAUGAUUUAAUCAAAGACUGUGCUCAUCAGUUAUACACAUUAACGGAAGAUCAAGAAACUGCAAGACUAGCAUAUGUAACCUACCAAGACAUACACAGCCUGCAAGCCUUCAAAGAACAAAUUGUGAUUGCAAUCAAAGCUCCCCAAGAAACCAAAUUGGAGGUACCUAUUCCUAAAGAGGAAACUAUCCAGGUUCACUUAAAAAGUACUGAAGGACCAAUUGAUGUCUUUGUAUGCGAGGUGAAAAACCUGGAAGAACCUUUUAAAAAGGGUACAGACGACAAAUCCAACGAUAAUAAAGGGAUCUCUGCAGCUACAGAUUAUACAGUGACAAUACCACCUGAGGAAGGUGAAGAUGCUUUAUGUGUAUCUUAUUGGAUGCAGUGAACAACAUUUUUACUUCAUAUUGUUGCAUGUUAAAAAUUUGAUUGGUAAGUUUUUUGGUGAUGAUAGAAAACUUACUUAGAAAUUGCCAUGUAUAUUUUAUGAAUUUUGAUGAAGUCAAAUGUAGAAGACUAGAUGAUACUAUAACUGUAGAUUUUAUAGUUCAUAUAUAAAGAAUAAGAAUCUGCAAAAUCUAACAAUGCAUUUCUCUUUAGUAUUGCCGUUUUAAACAACACAGUGCAACUUCAUAAUUCAUAACUGUAUCUUGUUUGUUCUGGGAGUGACAGGUUGAUUCCAGUGGGACGUAGGUUUGAACCCAAUCCAUGUGGUUUGUGGUAACACUUUCUCCUGUGCUGUUUACCUCAGUUACAAUUUAAUUCAUGCUACAACAAACAGUUUCUUUAAGAAAAUGUUGAAAAUUUGGAUUUUCAUUCAGCAUGCUAAUUGACCUUACUACAGUUCAGGAAUCUUGUGGAAUAUAUCUUACUUUCCCUAAGCUGAGUCUCAGUAGAAUAUAAUGAUUUUGUUUUGCUUUCAUAUGUUUGUAUACAUGUUAAUAGCUUUCUUGCUUAAAUGAUUAUGUGUGAAUUGAGGUAGAGUGAGUUGAGAGACCAUUUGAUUAUGUCAUCAUAGCUGGCAUCUCAGUCAUGUUGAAUGCUCUCCUUCCUCAACUUCUGCGAUUCCAGCAAGAAUCAGUGAGUAAUGAUUAGGAGUUCAAACAGCUCUGAACAUGUAAUUGGUUUCCAGUUAAAAAUUCUAUGCUCAAGUUAUUUUGAGUAUUUUUUAUUUUAAGCCUCAUCUUGUGUAUCAUAUUUAGGGCAAUAACAUUAAACUAUUUGAUCUUCA